UUAGCACCAGCUCCCAGAAUGUCUAUCUCAGAGGAGCUCAGGAAUAGCAAUCUUGUUAGAAGCCAAAGGAAGCUGUUUGCGUGGCAGGAACAGUUUUCACUUACAUCGAAUGUUUCUUUGGAGUGGCUGGUAGAGAGGGUGUGUGUGGGGGGAGGCUGGUAGAGAACAUGGGGGAGAAAGAGGGCUGAAGCCAUUGGGGUUUGGAGUCCAAUGGGGGCUGCCAUUGGAGGGAACCAAGUUAAGGGUUAGAGGAUGUAUGGGAACAUCAUAGAGGCCUCCAGAACUGAGUCCAGAUGAGACUUAGGGUGAGGAAGAGGAGGAAAAGGUCAGGCUGAGGGAAAGGACUCCAGGUUGAAGCAGUCUGUGGUCUUACAGCUGUUCCUGGAACUCUCCCAAACCUUACUUAUGGGCAGUUCAGACCAGCUGUCAGCCUGCUGAAAAAGGACAAGAGGACAAACUCUACAGACAAAUAUCGUCUGAGAGCUGAGAAUGAGGCCUCAGGGAUGAAGUGGGGAAAAAACUUCCAGAGAGCCUGGGAGUGGAGGCUAUGGUAGCACCUGGAUAACUCUUACUACUCUGGAGGUUCCCUUAGGAAGGGGCGCCUCAGGAGAUGAGUAGAGGACCAUGCAACACUUAGUCCCAGAGCCCUCAACCAAGUAAUUUGGACUGGAUGCCACAGGACUUGAUGAGAGGCACACAGACUAGGCUAUAUUGUCAAAAUACCCUCCAUUCUCCUGUCUAUAGUGAGCACUGGAAAGCUCACUCUUAGAGCCUUUGGGUCUGGGAAAGGUUUUUAAACAUCCUUUAUUUAUUCAUUUAUUUAUUUUUAAAGAUUUUAUUUAUACAUUUGAGACAGAGAGAGAGAGAGAGGGCAUGAGCAGGGGGGAGAGGCAGAGGGAGAGGGAGAAGCUGACUCCCCGCUGAGCUGGGAGCCCCGAUGUGGGGCUCAAUCCCUGGACCUGGAGAUCAUGACCUGAGCCGAAGGCAGAUGCUUAACCAUCUGAGCUACCCGGGCACCCCUAUUUAUUUUUUUAUUUUAAUUUUAAUUUUUAAAGAUUUUAAAAAUGUAUUCAUUUGAGAGAGAGAGAGACAGAGAGAGCACAAGCAGGGGGAGAGGCAGAGGGAGAGGGAGAAGCUGACUCCCCACUGAGCUGGGAGCCUGAUGUGGGGCUCGAUCCCAGGACCUGGAGAUCAUGACCUAAGCCGAAGGCAGAUGCUUAACCAUCUGAGCCACCCAGAUGCCCCUAAACAUCCUUUACAUCAGGGGAAAUAUCCCUGGGUGAGACAGCAAUGAAGGUAAAGCUCAGACAGAACAAGACCCAGGGCAUGCUCCAGAGGUGCUGAGCUUGACAAAGAGAAGGGACCUAAAGAUAAACUCUGGGGUGCUCUCAUUUUUGCCCAGGAUCAGUUUUACUCCAAUCCCUGAUCCCCAGGAGGCCUUAUUUAGACUGUCUUGGUUCCUGAAUAAUGAGUGGGCUAUUCAAGCUGCGUAUAUCCCACGGUUCUGCCUAGUGGAGAGGCUCCUUAACAUGCUCUGAGGGGCAGGGCUGGUAGGCAGUUACGUAGCUCCUCUCAACCUUGGGUUGCCCUCCAGCCUGCUAAUCCCAGAGUCCCAGGCCCAGUCUUCCAGUCUGGACUUUAACCAGAUGACACACAGAGUGUGUCGGCAUUAGUAGGUAUCAACCUGGAACUGGACCUGUGCCCGAUUCAUCCAGGAAGCUGACCCCGGGCGGCAGAACAAACACGCUUACGCAGCUCCUGCCAGGCAUGGGGUGAGAAGUGAUCUGGCCCAACAGGGACUUUGUUUGCUUUGUUCUCCUCUUUUCUCUCAUCCCCAGUUGCCAGACACCCUCAUUCUUUUCUCUCUGCCAAUCUCUGGGUCAGGAGUUAUGUGGGUUUUUUCCAGAUGAUGCAAAAAGACUUUAUCUAUCAUCUACCUAUCUUUCUAUCUAUCUAUCUAUCUAUCUAUCUAUCUAUCUAUCUAUCAUCUAUCUAUCAUCUGUCUGUUUAGGUGAAGGCGAUUCCAGACGUGGACGUUGAAAGGGGUACAGGAGGAGCUGAUAAAAGGGUAGAGCAGGAGUCUCUGGGAGAGGAAGCCAGAAGUGGUUUGGAUGGGGAUUAGAUGGAACAAAGAGGUCAGAGAUCUGUGGGGCCACCCUCCCACCCCCCAGCCCGGCUGCCACCUGUCUAUAGUUGAGGCAGAUCCUGCUUUUCUCUUGGGACAACGCCAGCUUGACCUCAUUUUCUGCCUUCAUGGCCAGUUUGCUUUUGACACUAAUUGAUGGACACUCAAGACCAUUAAUUUUGCUUCACGUCCCCUCCCCCCUUCCUAAUACAAAUGCAAACAGCGUGGGAAUCCCCUUGCAGAGGAAGCAAAGAUGCAGCUUUAAGAGAAAGGGAAGGGAGGAAGAGGGCACUGACUCAGAUUCUCCUACCAUUGGCUGCCGGAGGGGAUCCCACCUCAGGGAUUGGCCUCGACAGAGUCCGCCUCCUCUUGUGAUUGGCUUGGCCGGGGAGAUAUAAGGUGGCCGUGCCGGCCUCCUUCUCAUUUGGAGGGAGGCGAGGAAUCUGAUCGGGUUGUUGUGCUGAGACGCACCUGGCGCAACCCUCUCCUCUCUGCAUCUGAGUCCAAGUCCCGCGGAGGCUACAGCCAUGAAGGAGAGACGCGCCCCCCAGCCAGUCGUGGCCAGAUGUAAGCUCGUUCUGGUGGGGGAUGUGCAGUGCGGGAAGACGGCGAUGUUACAGGUGUUAGCGAAGGACUGCUAUCCCGAGACGUAUGUGCCCACCGUGUUUGAGAAUUACACGGCCUGCUUGGAGACCGAGGAACAAAGGGUGGAGCUCAGUCUCUGGGACACCUCAGGAUCUCCCUACUACGACAAUGUCCGUCCACUCUGCUACAGCGACUCAGAUGCAGUAUUACUAUGCUUUGAUAUCAGCCGACCCGAGACAGUGGAUAGUGCACUCAAGAAGUGGAGGACGGAAAUCCUAGAUUAUUGUCCUAGCACCCGUGUUUUGCUUAUUGGCUGUAAGACAGACCUGCGAACAGACCUGAGCACGCUGAUGGAGCUGUCCCACCAGAAACAGGCACCUAUCUCCUAUGAGCAGGGCUGUGCGAUAGCCAAGCAGCUGGGUGCGGAAAUCUACCUGGAAGGCUCGGCUUUCACCUCAGAAAAGAGUAUCCACAGCAUCUUCCGGACGGCGUCCGUGGUGUGUCUGAACAAGCCCAGCCCGGUGCCCCCAAAGAGCCCUGUCCGCAGCCUCUCCAAGCGACUGCUUCACCUCCCCAGUCGUUCCGAACUCAUCUCUUCUACCUUCAAGAAGGAAAAGGCCAAAAGCUGUUCCAUUAUGUGAAGUGGGGGUUGGAGAAGGGAGGCAACCUCCCACUUCCUCCCUUGGGUUGCAGAGGCACGGGGAGAGGGAGGAUGGGACAAUUUAGGACACUGGACGUGCGUUUUGCAGACGGCCACGGUGAGGGCUUGAAAGGAGACAGGAAUGGGACGAGGAAAGAGCCAGGCCCGGCUUGAGGACCUGACACUGAGAAAGAACCAUCACACCCCAAGCCAGGCACUCGGUUGUGGUGGGGGCGGCUGCCCCAGUGUCACCCCCACGCCCCCGCCCCCACUCCAGAGGAAGGAAAGGUGUGGGGGUGCGGGGGGCAUGCUGGCCUCAUGGGCUUGGGGGCCUUCAGCAUCAUGCCUCUUCCACACAGUGCUUCCAUGUGGGCCAGGGGACGGGCGGGGUCCCCGAGCCCUUCCCUUCCCCUCUGAGGAAGCCGCACAGGAGUGGAGUGGGGAAGCCAAGAGGCGGCUCCCUUGGGAGCCGAGCCCAGGUGCUUCAUGACGGGAAUCAGAAGGCCAGGAGCUGGUCAGAGCCAAUGAAAAGGAAACCUCAUCUUUGCAUAGCCCAUGCCUCAUGGAGAGCUGACAUCAUACAUUCAUAUGCUUCUCACCUAAGUCCCCAGGGUCCAAGGGAGAAGCCCCAGACCCCCUUCUCUCGCAGUGUGGGGGUGGUGGUGCUGCCCGGGGCAGGGCUGGGUGGGGGUCACCAGACUUUUUCUGCCCUCAGGGCACGACAGCUGGCAUUUGUUUUAUAGACUCUUGUCUUUGGAACCGGGGGGAGGGGGG